AAUAUUAAAUAUGACUGUAGUGUUAUUAAAGACGAAACUUGGGGAGUUAGAUUUACCACUGGACGGACGGAAGAAGGAUCUGAGGGAAAGACUUCUCAGACAUUAUGGGUUACUGAACGAUGAGGAAGAAGAUAAAGAAGAGGAAGAAAAUGAUUUUGAGUCGGUGUCAUCACGGGGGGAAGCGGUUGUUGUCAGCCCUAGGCUAGUCGCAGGUCCCCAUUUUACUUUUAAAGAUAUUCAAGACAGCUUGGCUUUAUUUAAUGGAACAGACAAUUUUGAUGUUAACCAGUGGGUGGAGCAAUUCGAGGAGAGCGCAGAAACUGUAGGGUGGACCGAGGUUCACAAGUUCAUUUACGCUAAACAGCUGUUGAGAGGGGCAGCGAAGUCGUUCGUUAGAAGUCAAGUAGGUCUGAAAGACUGGAAUAAGUUGAAAGCGGCUCUCAUUGCAGAAUUCGGGGUCAGCUUAUGUUCAGCAGAGGUGCACAGAAUAUUGAGAAAUCGACAAAAGAAGUAUAGUGAGACAUUCUUAGAGUUUUUGUAUGCGUUGAUGGAAAUCGGGAAAAAGAUUCAUUUAGAUGAGGCAAGUCUGUUAGAUUACUUUGUGGCAGGGAUACCGGACACCAGGUUCAACAAAACCGUCUUAUAUCAAGCCAAAAGUAUCAAAGAGCUAAAAGAACAGAUAAAAAUUUACGAAAAGAUUUCGACGAAACCGAAAUCUACCGCGUUAGAUUUUAAGCCGAAAAGUGAAAAGGUGGAUAAAGAUAAAGCGCAAGCAGGCGAAAGGAAAUGUUUUAAAUGUGGAGAUGCGUCUCACGUAGCUAAGGACUGUACAUUGAAGGACCAACAGGUCAAGUGCUUCAAAUGUAGUAAGAUGGGACACAAGUCUUAUAACUGUCCAGGAGAGAAUGUUAAGGUGAAGUCAGAAAAGACGAAUUUGAACACGGUAAAGGAGAUUAAAUGGAAACCUUCGAGAGCAGAUAGGGAUUUAAGAUUCAAGAAGUUAAAGGUGGGUAAUACCAUUUUCCCAGCUUUACUUGAUACGGGAAGCGGUUUAUGCUUAAUACGGCAAUCGACGGUAAACGAGUUAGAUUUUGGGUUAAGGAUUAACGGAGAUAAGCGUAGAUUAGAAGGGAUAGGUCAUCGGGAGAUAUGUACCUCAGGAAGCUUUAACGCGAAGGCGUUGGUAGACGACGUGGAGAUAGGGAUAACGUUUCAUAUUAUUAAAGAUGCAGACAUGGAUUAUCCAGCUAUUUUGGGUCGUUCGAUACUAAGUCAAGUGGAUUUGAUAAUCCGAGAAGAUGGUGAUGUACUCACGUACAAACAAAAGGAAGGCAAGGAAACGAGGGUUUCAGAGAGUAGCAUACUGGAGUUGAGGGAAGAAUUUCCAGGACUGUGUCUACAGGUUGAGGAGGUAGAAGGUUCACAACACGACCUAGCUCACCUCAGUAAAGGUGAUUCGGCUGCUAUUGACGAACUUGUUAGGCAGUAUGUACCGUUGAAGUGUGUAGAAUCUCAAGUUGAGAUGAAGAUUAUACUAACCGACGAUUUGCCGGUUUAUCAACGUCCUAGGAGAACGUCCUACGAGGACCAAAAAUUUAUCGAAAAACAGAUUAAAACGUGGUUAGAUGAGGGUAUAAUUACUACGAGUAAUUCGAACUAUGCUUCUCCAAUUGUGCUGGUAGGUAAAAAGGACGGAAGCAAACGUCUUUGUUGUGACUACCGAAAGCUAAACGAGAAGGUUGUACGCGACAAUUUUCCCAUGGCAUUAAUGGACGAGGUAGUUGAGAGGUUGCAGGGGUCUAAGGUGUUUACAACAUUAGAUUUAGAAAACGGAUUUUUUCCAUGUCCCCGUUGA